GUCAAUUUGAUUCUGUUUGUCUAUACUCGACGUUCCCGCUCUACUAGGUCUAGUGUCCGUUGGCAUCCAUGAGUACUUUUUCAGGUGAAAGGUUAGUCAUUGUCUCUUAAAGAUAAAAACACAGAAGUCAAGACGACCAAAGUUCUACGAGGCAUCGUUCACCUAUCAAAAGAAGAUCAAGAAGUCGUUCUCCUCAACCGAGUCGAGUGAGAUCAAAACGCAUAGUCAUUGCAAACAUUCCAUAUGAUUUAAAUUGGCAAAAGCUGAAGGAGUUGUUUAGGGAACAAAUCGGGUUUACUGGCUUUCUACAGUUGUUUAAGAAAAAUGGAAAGCCAAACGGUAUGGGUUUGAUGGAGUUCAAGACACUCGAAGGAGCACAAAAAGCUAUUGAAAUGAUGCAUCGGUUUGAAGUUGGGGACAGAAAGUUGGUUGUUCGACAAGAGACUGCUCGUGAUGCUGCUCGCUUUGCAUCGAUGGAAGUUGACGGAGGGCUUCUAAGUGAUUCUGCAAAUCCCAACGAGUCUGUAAAUAUGGCAGCGACAGGGCCUGUUUUCACUCCUCAAAUCUUAGGUCAGGUCGGCAUAGACGGGCCAAUCACGGAUUCUGUGUACGUCAGUAAUCUUGACUAUAGUGUAACGUGGCAGAAGCUUAAAGAUGUCUUCAAAUCAGCUGGGAAAAUUCUCAGCUCGGUUAUAAAAACAGACUCAGAAGGGAAUUCUCGUGGUGUUGGCAUAUUAAAAUUUUCGAAUGCUUAUGAAGCAGUCCAAGCCGUCAACAUGUUUAACAACCAGAUAUUAAAAGACAGACCAAUGCGUGUAAAGAUUGAUCGCCAGGGUACUCCUGCUUCAAUGAACAUAGUUUAUCCUCCACCACAAAGAACUGGCUCGUCUGGAAUUCUGGGUUCCACUGGUUCAAUGAUCCCCUCCAAUCCUAUCCUGACUGACCAACAACAAUCUUCAAAUAUUAUUGCUGCUCUUGUGACUUUACUUGGUUUGAAAACAAAUGCCGAUACAAAUCCUCAGAGUGGUAUAAUUGAAGUUCUUCGUAAUUUGGCGUCAAAUGCAAAUGUUUCUGGGGGUCUGAAUACGUUGGCAACUACUGGAUCAUCUAAUAACCCUUCCAACUUUACUGGUCAGUCAUUGUCAUCAAUCUCAGAUGCUUCACCAAGUUCAGGAAUCAAUCGAUCCUACUCAGGUCAACUCCCUCAAGAUGGAUUACAACAAUUAAUUUCAGCAGCUGUUGCUGGUGGAAUGUCUCAGACACAAAUAACCUCUGUAUUAUCGACUCUAGGUUUAUUUCAGAAUUCUCAUUCGGAUCAUCAGUCUGGUCAGUUAAAUGCUUCAAAUAUUAUUGGUCGAGAUGGUGGUGGGUGUGGUGACCGAAGCGUUGAUAGAUCACAUUUUGACAAUGGAUAUGUUGGUCGUUCAAAGUAUGAAAUUCCAGGUAAUUAUCGGGUAGAUUCUCGGAGUAACAGACAAGAUUCAUAUAAUAUUGGCGGUUCUCUAAUGAAAUCAGGAUCGCCUAAUCUUCCUGGCCGUGGAAGUUACUCUAGAUCAUCUGAUCGAGGACGUGAUGAAACUGGUCCACAACAUAACAAUGAUCGACGUCAGAUACCCGAAAAAGUAGUUGUGAAAAAUCUUCCAUUCUCAUUUGAUUCACAUGAUGUGAAAAGAAUAUUCAGAGAAGUUGGAGAUUUAAACACUUGUAAUCUGGUAACAGACUCUCAAGGUCACUCUCAAGGAAUCGCAUUUAUCACCUAUGCAGAUAUUGAUGGUAUUUAUCGUGCAAUAGAUGCUUUUGACGGUAAAAUGUUUGAAGGACGACGUCUUCGAGUGCAUGCUGAAUAAUAAUAUUAGAUUGGAUUACGAUUUAUCUUUUACAAAAAAUGUAUUAUUAUACCAACAGUUAUGCGCCGUCGAAUGUUGUUAUUGUUUCCUCUAGUUUGUUGCUACGUUCAUUUCUUCUUUAUUGUAUAUCGAUAUUAUUGUUGUUAUUAUGUUCGCACUUGUGAAUGACAUUGUUAGGCACAUGAAAUUCUUUUCAUCGCUUACAUGAUAGCAAUGAUGGUAAUAAUAAUAAUCACAAAUACAUAUGGGUUUAUAAAAUGUUUUAUUUUUUCUGUUUCCCACCAUCUACGAAUUUUCUAUCUUUUUAUAUUUAUUGUUGUUGCCCGACGCAUUUUUUAUUGUCCGUUUGUUAGUUUGUCGUUUUCACUUUCAUGCUGUUAUUACCGUCCAAAAAGUAAUCAUCGUCAUAGCCACUAUAAUUACUAAGGAAAUAUAUCAUUUUUUCUAUUAUGUGUUGCUUU